AUGCGCCGAGAAAUGCACGAAACCGUCCCCGGAGACGAGAUCUACGGCCCCGGAACCUUCAUCGACAAAACCCCCCUACCAGUCCCCGAAGAUGCUCGUCGGGUAUUUGAACUCCUCGCCUUGGGAACACCCGGCUUUACAAAGGACAAAGCAGCAUGGAACACCGUUCAAUUUGAAGGUCGUCCGGAUCCUAUGAUCCCAGGACCGAUCAAAGCACCCGUCGUGGCGGCCGCUUUGCACGGUAUGGCCGGUCUUGUGGCGAAUGAGCUUCUCGAACUUCGCGAUGGGAAACCUGUUACGGAAAACAAUGUCAAGGUCGAUACCGAUCAUGCGGGUAUCUGGCUUGGGUCUGUGUUCACGACGUAUAUUAACGGGUCUGAUCUCAUGGCCCUGGGAGCAUCGAAGAAAAUGGACAACUUAUUUGAGCAAGACUUCGAACACGGUUUUGGUAAGGGUAUUUCCAGCCGGGCGACGGCAAUCUAUCAGACCAAAGACCCCCGCGUUUGGUACCAGUUACACGGGUCAUUAGACGCGAACACGGCCCUUCGAACAAUGGGUAUCAACCCCGACGUCACCUUCGACACGCCCCAGGGGUACUACGACUACAUCCAGGGACACGUCCGCCAAUGGAGUCCCGAUGAGCUCGAGAUGCACAACGUACGUCACGGCCUCUGCGGAAGUAUCUGUUACUCGCCGGAAGGGUGGAGGAAAACGGAGUUUGGGAAGCGGUUGGCAGAGCAUCCGUUGGUGAAUGUUUCUCAGGAGACAUAUACUAGCCCUACGCCACCUGUGCCGCUGUCGUUGCCUAGCGCUGAUCGGAGACCGCUGGCGGGUGUCAAGGUGCUGGAGAUGGUGCGCAUUAUCGCGGGUCCGCAGUGCGGGUGCAUGCUUGCGUCUUACGGGGCGGAUGUCAUCAGAGUGAAUUGCAGCAGACUUGCAGAUCUCAACGUACUGCAACUUACCCUCAACGCCGGAAAACGAACCAUAGACCUCGACAUCGCCAACUCUUCGGACAUGUCUCGCCUUUUCGAGCUCGUCUCCGAAGCCGACAUUUUCCUCCAAGGCUUCCGCCCUGGCACGCUCGACCGCAAAGGCCUCGGUCUUAAGAACAUGCUCGAAAUCGCCGCAAAACGCAAUAAGGGCAUGAUCUACAUUGACGAGAACUGCUACGGCCCCAAUGGCCCGUUUCACGAACGUCCCGGAUGGCAGCAGAUUGGUGACGCUGCGUCGGGUAGUUCGUAUGUUAUGGGGAGGUCCCAGGGGUAUAAGGAAGGGAAGAGUGUGUUGCCACCGCUGCCGAUUUCUGAUAUGAUAACUGGACUGGUUGGUGCGUUGGCGGGGAUGAUUGCUCUGAGAGAGAGGGCGGUUAAGGGCGGGUCGUACAAGGUUACCAGCUCGUUGGUUGCGGCUGAUACGAUUGCAUUGGAGAAGGAGGUUGGGUUGUAUCCUCCUGAAGUUGUAAAGGAGACAAAUGAGCGGUGCGGGUUCAAGGAAAUCACGCCUGAUCAGUAUGUCUCGGAGGUCUUGGUCAAUGUGGUUCUGGGAUGGAAGAAGGGGCUUCCGGGGUACUUGGAUGAGGAUUCAUCGUUGAUGACAACCUUCGAGGAGGGGCCUUGGGGGAGGCAGACAUUACUGAAACCGGUUGUGAGGCUUGGGGUUGAGGAGGCGACGCCGAAGUGGACGAGUCCCCCUGUGCCGCAUUGUUAUCAUGAUCGGGGUAUCAGUUGGUUAUAA